AUGCCCGCCGUCAGAAAACAAGCCCGAAUCCUACGUGAUCUUGUUUGGACCGCGCGAUUUCCGGCGACCGCCAUUCUCAUUAUGGACUGCCCACCAGCAAGUCUACAUUGUACAUACUGCAGAAAUCUGCUAACAGAUCCUAUUAUAACGGCAUGUUGUUUGAAAAGACAUUGCCAUCCAUGUAUGGUAAAGGUUAUCAAUGAGCGAGGCGAGUGCCCAAAUUGUCGGAAUCCAAUGUCGGAGGAGCAAAUCCCAAAAGUGGACGCGAAAAUCAAACGAAUCGCCGAAAGGUACACGCCGAGAGGAAUGCGCGAGAGAUACACGGCCGCUUUCGAGGCCUACCCGCACUUGCAGACAAAAGUGGCGCAGGUGAAGCUUCGCAAUGAUCUGAUGAACAUUAUCGAGUACGAUGAACCGAUAUUCUUCACCGUUCGACAUGUGAAGAUUCGCGAGCGGUCCGAAAAGGGCGACGUCGUGAAAACCUUUAAGAAAACGACGGCCUAUAAGGUUCGGGCGGAUAUGACUAUCUCAGUGGUCCGACGACUGAUCCUCAACAAACUUGGAAUCGACGCCGACUCAUGCUUCGUGAGAUUCAAAUGCGGAGAGCAUCGACUUUUCAAUACGAUGACGAUGCGCACGGUGGCGAUGCUGUCCGGCAAACCGUUGGCGCAAGGUUUGGAUUUGGAAAUGGCCGUGUUGCCGAAGAGCGUUAUCAACAAACCGCCGCCGCAGCCGCCCGAAUCGCACGUCGUCAUUGACGACGAGCCGAUGCCCGCGUUGAGCGCCGAAGAGCCGCUAGCCGCCGAGAUCGCCGAACAAAUCGAGAAGGUGCAACGCGAGCCCGAACCCGAACCGGCGGCGAUGGCUCCUCCGCCACCGCCGCCGCCACCACCACUACCACUACCACCAACUCACGCCACUAUUGGAAUGGGCUUGAUGAAUCGACAGCAGCAAGAGCAGGUGCUCUUCCAGCUUCAACAGCAGCAGCUUCGACGGCAACAGCAUCAAAUGCAAGUGUCGCCAUCGACGGAGAAUCGCCGAUCGAUGUCGACGACGCCGCCACAGGCAGCCAAUCUCAUGAGGGUGUCUCCCAAUGGGCUGAGGUAUCACAAUCAUCAGGAUCGCGCGGCGCCGCCCGCGGGUGAGCGGGUUCGACGGGUUCGACGACCGCGGAUGCGAACCGCGCCGCCGCCACCGGCACAACCGAGUGUCACGUUCAAUCAGGCGGCGACGAAUCAGGCGUUGGAGUAUUACUUCAUGAAGGCGCUUCAGCAUCGAAUCGCGCCAUCCAAAUUUCUUGACGAGUACUUUCAAGCCGGAGUUGAUCAGAAUCGUCAGUUGCCACUUCCCAAAGAGGACAUUGAUCGGAUUGCGUACCGAAAACAUUUCGACAAGAUCGGCGUCUUCAUACCGUAUAUCAGUCCCGAGCUUCAGGCGAAACUUUACACUCAACUGCUCGAGCAGAAGCACACAGUGGCGAUGGAGAGGGAGAUGUUGAGACAGAAGGCGAUGCAAAAACCGCAUCCGGUGAUGAUGAAGGCCACGGCGCCGCCGAGCAAACAGGCGGCUCGGAUGCCUUCGAACGCAUCGGAGCACGCGCAGAACGAUGAGCCGGUGUGCAAGAAGAUGAAGACGUGCGAGGAGGACGUCGCGACGCAGCCGAAGAUGAUGUCCGAGCCGAAUAAGAACGAUGAGCCGGCGACGGCGAUCACUCCGCCUCCGGUGCUUCGCAUCGAGAGUCCGCCGAUCAAUGAGCUGACGCCGACGCCGGAAGAGCCGACGAUGAGCCCGAAAGAAUCGGAGGCGAUGCUGGGCACGCCUGAGCCGCUGAUACCGACACUCCAACCAUCGGUGAGCCAACCGGAGCCGCUUAGUCCGAUGGAGCCGGAACCAAUGAAUCCGAAAGAGAUGGAGCCAGUGAAUCCGAAGGAGCCGGAACCAGUGGGCCCGAAAGAACCGAAUGAUCUGGAGCCAGUGAAUUCGAGAAAGCCGGAUCCAGAAGGGCCGAAUGAGCCGGAACCAAUGAAUCCGAAAGAGAUGGAGCCGGCGUCAAAGAAUCCGAAGAAGCCGGAGCCAAUGGAUCCGAAAGAGCCAGAGCCAAUGAAUCCAAAGGAGCCGGAACCAGCGAGCCCGAAGGAGCCGGAGCCAAUAAAUCCGAAUGAAUCGGAGCCAGCGAACCCGAAGGAGCCGGAGCCAAUGAAUCCGAAAGAACCAGAGCCAGUCAAUUCAAAGGAGUUGGUGCCUGUCAAUCCGAAGGAGCCUGAGCCAGUCAAUUCAAAGGAAUCGGAGCCGGAGCCAGCGAACCCGAAGAAGCCGGAGCCAAUGGAUCCGAGAGAGUCGCAACCAGAAGGAAGCCCGAAGGAACCGGAGCGAUUAAGUCCAAAAGAGUGUGAGCCGACGACUCCGAAGGAGCCGGCGCCGAGCUCACCGGACACAACAAUCGCUGUGCUAUCGUCGCCGAACUCGGCAAACAAUUCGGACAUGAUCGACGCGUUGACACUCUCACGGCAAUCGUCGAAAUCGUUGGGCAAAACACUCGCCGAGGUGAUGCGACGGCCGCCGGCGGGCGCCGCCAUCAAUCGAAUUGGCGCAACGCCGCCAAACUCGUCGCCGAGUGUCCCGCCAACGCCAUCCUAG